GAAUUGGUAGCAAUGUUUGAAAUAUGUCUGCCAUCAGAGCAUUUGCUGUCAAAGUCAAAUUCACGUAAACAUUUUAUUUUAUUUUAAAACUAGAAUACGAACAAUGUGAGCAAACAAAUUGAAUAAAAUGGCUCAAGGGGUAUUGAGCUCGGAUAUUUCCAGAAGAAAUCCACAGGAUGAUUAUGAAUUAAUUCAGAGGAUAGGGAGUGGAACUUAUGGAGAUGUGUAUAAGGCGAAAAGACUUUCAACAAAUGAUUUAGCUGCAAUAAAAGUCAUCAAGCUAGAACCUGGAGAUGACUUUGCCAUUAUCCAGCAAGAAAUUCUCAUGAUGAGAGACUGUAGACACCCUAAUAUAAUAGCUUAUUACGGUAGUUAUUUAAGAAGAGAUAAGUUAUGGAUUUGUAUGGAAUACUGUGGAGGAGGUUCACUUCAGGAUAUAUAUCACAUUACGGGUCCUCUAGGAGAAAAUCAAAUAGCAUACAUGUGCCGAGAGACAUUGCAUGGAUUGCAAUAUCUUCACAACAUGGGUAAAAUGCAUAGGGACAUUAAAGGAGCCAAUAUUCUGUUAACAGAAUGUGGUGAUGUAAAGCUUGCAGAUUUUGGAGUGUCUGCUCAAAUAACGGCAACAAUCAAUAAACGAAAAUCUUUUAUUGGGACUCCAUAUUGGAUGGCACCUGAGGUUGCUGCAGUUGAACGUAAAGGUGGAUAUAACCAGUUGUGUGAUAUAUGGGCUACUGGAAUUACUGCCAUAGAACUUGCUGAACUUCAGCCACCAAUGUUCGACUUGCAUCCUAUGAGAGCAUUGUUCCUCAUGUCCAAGAGUGGAUUCAAACCUCCAACGUUGAAAGACAAAGAGAGGUGGAGCCCAACUUUUCACCAUUUUGUGAAAGUGGCUUUAACAAAAAAUCCAAAGAAACGACCUACUGCAGAAAAGCUAUUGCAGCAUGCUUUUUUCCAAGGAGAUAUGCACAGAAGACUGGCCUUAGAAUUGCUACAAAAAGUUAAUAAUCCUUCCCACAUGUUUACUGAUGAACCAGAUGAAGAUGGGGCUGUGCCAAAUGUACCCCAAAGAAUUCCAUCUCGACUGACUUCUAGACCAAAGCCGCAGAAUGCUGUUCUCUCAAAUGUAGACAUUGAUCGUAUAGAUGAAGCUAAUAAUACAUUACAAAGGACAGAACUCCCAGGCGUUACUGUUGAGGAUACAACACAACCAUGGGAUUUGAUGGACAUCAUGAAUAACGUGACGAGUGUACAUAAUUGUGUGGAGCAUCAAAAUCAAAAAUGUGGUAUAGGGGCAGCAUUCGACUCACUGAAUAGAGAAAAGAGUCUAUUGCAGUACAUUGACGAAGAAUUAAUGAUGAGGGGAGGCUACAAAUAUCACCAGACGGAAUACGAACAACAAGCUACUCUGCCUGUUCAGGAUCCGGAAAAUACGGUAAAAUGUGAUAUUCACACCAUCCCUUCAAGCCCCACUAACGAACAGUCCCCUUUCAAUGGUUCUCCUCGAAGACAUUCCUCGGUAGAUGAGAUAUUCGGACUAGUAAAUUCGAUGAAUCUCAAUGGUCAAAGACAGAGGUCUCUUAGUGAUAGUAGCCGGACUGGUAGGAGUAAUAGGGAAAAUAGAGAAGUCAAUGGAGCAGAUGAUACAACCAACAAUCAUGAAGAUGGCACUUCCAAUAGGGUGACGUGUCCACCUGUACCCCCUCGAAAACAUCGUAGACGACAUACACCCCCACGACCUCCCAGUAAUGGCUUACCUCCUACUCCUAAAGUUCACAUGGGUGCUUGCUUUUCCAAAGUAUUCAAUGGUUGUCCACUGAGAAUUCACUGUACUGCUUCUUGGAUUAAUCCAGAUACUCGUGAUCAACACAUUCUCAUUGGAGCGGAAGAGGGUAUUUACAACCUCAAUCUGAACGAACUUCAUGAAACUUGUAUUGACCAGCUAUAUAAUAGACGUACAGUGUGGAUGUAUGUUAUCAAAGAUGUUCUUAUGACUUUAUCAGGUAAAACACCGCAGCUUUAUAGACACGAUCUCUUAGCACUACAGAAUAAGCAAUCACAUAGGUUUAGUCUACACAUGAAUCGGAUGCCAGAGAGACUCGUUCCAAGGAAAUUUGCAUUGACUACUAGGGUACCUGAUACCAGAGGCACGUUGAGGUGUUGUGUUGCUCGUAAUCCCUAUAACGGAUAUAAAUAUUUAUGUGGUUCUACGAACAGCGGCAUUUAUUUGAUGCAGUGGUAUGAUCCUCUCAAUAAAUUCAUGCUUCUGAAGCAUGUAGAGUGUGUCCUUCCAAAUCCAUUGCAUGUUUUCGAAAUGAUAAUAACACCAGAGUUGGAAUAUCCUAUGGUUUGUGUUUCAAUUAAACAGGCUUAUCAACCAAAUCGUUUCAAGCUGGAUUUGAUCAACAUGAACUCAGGUGCCAGCUGGUUUCAUUCAGAUGAACUGCAAGACAUGGACGGCACAGCGACUGUCAUACCCCGAAGAGAAAAUCUUGACAUUGCAUGUGUUACUCAACUUGAUAAAGACUCAAUUUUAGUAUGUUACGAUAAUAUUAUUAGGAUAGUAAAUCCCCAAGGAAAGAUGAAAAUGAACAAAAAACAAGUUUCCGAGCUGAGAUUUGAUUUCAAGAUUGAAAGUAUUCUGUGUCUUCCGGAUAGCGUUUUAGCAUUUCAUAAGCAUGGUGUUCAAGGACGGUCUUUGAAAAACGGUGAUAUCACUCAAGAGAUUACAGAUACCUCUAGAACAUACAAACUAUUGGGAUCGGAUAAAGUUGUGAUGCUAGAAAGUAAUUUACUUCGAACUGGAACACUGACCAAUGAAGAAGGUCAUGACUUAUACAUUUUAGCAGGGCACGAAGCCAGUUAUUAGGGAACGAAAAUGCUCAUCGUAAACAGAGUUUUGCUUUGCUUAAGAAACUAGACUAAUCAAAACUUAACUUAUUGUUAGACUAGACCAUAGUUAAGUCAGAAAAGAAUACAGAAAUCGUUGUUUUUAGAAACAAACAUUAGGAGAACGGAAUUCUCCUUGAAAAACUGUACCUCAGUAACAUUUCUCAUUUAGACGGAAAAGUAUAGGUGGUAUA